CGAAGCUCUUGGGCACUUUAAGGCUCCGGGCUCCAGAAGGGCAGUGCAUCCUGCCAUGGGAUCCAGCAUCCGUGUCUGCGCGUGCUAGCCAUUUCCCAGGCCCUUUGUCCCCUCUGCUCGAUGAUACUGCUGCCAUGGUGAAAAACAGAGGGAAAGAACAACAGGAUAUUGUCCCGCUCUACUCCGCGUGCCAACUGUGACAAAAUGUUGUUUUCUCCUCGGUUUGGGGAUUCUUGUUGGCUUUUCACUAGUCCUGGGUGAGCCUGGAGACAUUAGGGUGUCCUUAAAAUUCUCCCGGUUAGCGUGGAGACCUCGAGUCUCCGGGAGCAAGGUAGUGUCCCAUGCCCCAGUGCGAACAUUGCCGCCCUGGGGGAUGAUUCUCUGGCUCAGGCAGCGGAAAAGAAGCGUCGUGGUGUAAAACACAACAGGAAGGCGCCGAGCACGCCGUGUGCCCGGGGACACCUGCAGAGCUGCCGCAGGGGUGGAAGUGAGCCACGGGCUGCAGGGGGAGUGCUGACAAAACUGCUCGGCUGCACAAAUCUGACGCCAAACCAGGGCGCUAUUUUUGGUCUCCGCUCUGCUGUUCUGACACCUGUGGGCUCGCGUGGGGCUCGCAGCGAGCGGACUCGGGCAGCGCCUCCUCCCGCAGCCCAGGAACCGCCGCAGGGCACGGGAUCGCAGCGCAGCGCUCCUGCUUGGCCAGCAGGACUAAUUAUAGCCCAGGAAUAUGAACUGUGAACGUGCUGGAGUCGCCGAGACGGGAGCUGGCUGUGCGCCAGCGCUCGAAUGAGGACACACCAUCCCGGCAGGACUCCCCGGGAGCUGCAGGAAACCCCGAGGUAUACUGAUCAGAUGCAUUCUGUGAUCUUUACUGGUGAACCUGCACAAGCAAUUCCUUUCUAAGCUCACUUGAGGAACUGCAUCUUGGUCCUCACACUGCUCAAACUCCCAGAGAAAUAAUUUCACUUAACAAGACCUUAUUACCUCCUGAGAAAUAUAAUGACUGAAUUCCUGGUUUGUUUUAACUGGUGCAAUGGUGAACAGCCCCAGCCGAAGAGGCGUCGGAGACUGGACCGGAAUAUGAUUGGAGAGCCAAUGAAUUUUGUACACACUGCACAUGUUGGGGCAGGAGAGAUGAGCAGUGACUACACAUCAGCUGUAUCAAUUCAGGACCACAUGAAGUCCAAAGGUGGCUACACAAAUGGCACUUCUGCAACUGUUGAGAUGUAGGAAACUGAGAGAAGGCUGAAAUCUGCUCUGUCUUAUGAGGACCCCUGGACUGUGCUUUCAUAUUCUCUAAAACCUCUUUAAUAUGGAGUUGGGAGAGUACUUGAAUUAUAAAUAGGUCAGUACAAGCUUUGGUGUUCUUUGCACAAUACCUUCAGAAGGGGUUAUUGUAAAUGAUCCUUAAAAUGGUCUUUUGUGGUAGUGUUUGUAGUGGCAACUGUAAUUUGUCACUGUGGAUGACUCCUAGCUCUGUCCCAAAAACCUCACAAAGUUGUCUUCUAGGAUGGAAUUUGAAGUCAGAAUGAAUUGUUUGGGAUUUUGGUCUCUCUUUUUCUCCCCUCGUGAAAUGCAGGUUGAUUUAAUUGGAAGGUAUUGCAUGUUUUCACUUUUAACAUAAGGUAAAUUGAGUGCCAAGUUUGAUCGUAUAAUUUUCAUACAACUUUGGACCUGUUUUUUAGAUGUUUUACAACUUAAGGCAUAACUCUUUGGUAUUUUUAAUGUCUUUUGAUGGUGAACAAACUAAUGUAACACAGUUACCUGAGUCCGCAAAGCGCAGAGAAACUUCUGCCUUGCCUUGAUAACGCUUUUGUAACUGAAAAUGGAGGUUUUGCAAACAUAAGGACUCUCGAAUGAGACUUAGAACAACAGAUGUGUCUCAGUGACUGGGCUGCCUCCCAUCCACACACACACUGGUGUGACUGGCAGGUAUUACUGCAACACAGCUGGUGGUACCUACCAGUUAACUGCAAGUGGUGCUGCAAUAUGCUCAUAACUGUGUGUUCAUUUUGCAUGACUACCACUGAAUUUUAAACUAAACAUUUAUAAGAUCACUCUCUUUGUUACCUGUCUGUAACAGUAACCAUACAGGACUUCAAGGGAUAUCUUGCUGGUGUUUCUGGCUUUUUAACUGAAUGACUGUUUUAGAUGAAAAGAUUUUUUUCUUGCAGGUGGUUUAAGAGAUUACAGCCAUGUGAAGUACACACUUAAAGAACAUCGUGAAAAGUUGCAGGGGAAUAGUAAAUGGAAACAGUGUCUUGCAGAGUUCCAGCACUUCAUAAAUAUUUAAAUAAAUAACCGUAAAUAUUUAGACAUACUCCAACUACAGUUUAUUACCGAGUUCUUAUUGAUCUCUCUAUUAAAUGAUACGACAAAAGUCCUGAAGUAGAGCUGGUUUUCCUUUCACCCAAUCACUGACCACUGCUGCCCAGCUCAAAAUUUUUAUGACUACCAGUGUAGGAACUCAGGAAAUCUGCUUGCUAGCAGGGGAUUAACAAAAUACAAGCAUUUCAAUUGCUGCCAUAUCAGCAGCAGUUAUGCUGGAAGUCAGUGAAGUUCUUUCCUUGCUCCAGGCAGAACAUCAGUUAUGAACUUUUUUCCAUUUAAAAAAAUAUCUAGCUGGCAAAUCUUUUAACUUCUUUGAUUCUCUUUGUAGCUUGUUAUGCAUCUUAAAUCUAGACUGCAGCCUUCACUGAACUGCUAGGCUGCCUUUUUGAGUACAGUAGGGAACUUGAAACAUGAAAGGUAGCUCUGUGUUCCUGUAUGUGUUCAAAAAAUAACUUUUCCCCUCCCCCAUAUUUCAUCUCUAAGGGCCAAAGAGGAAGGGGGAGUAUCACUUUCUAUAACAGUCAACAGCUGAUCAUAACAUUCUGUAACCACAUGAGAGGAAUCUAAUAUCUGUGUCUUGCUAAAUCCUUACUCUUGAAUCAAAAUGCAUGUCAAAUUUUAAUGUAUUUUAAAAUUAGCAUAGUUAGCUGUACAUUUAACUUUUGAAAGUUUUUCUUUUACUGUCUUCUAACUUCAGAUAUAUUCCAACCACCUAGUUAAGAUAGAGUUUAAAGAAGAUAAAUCCUGUAUACUGUUGGGGAAGCAUAAGUGUCCAAACUGCUUUAAAGAAUAGAUUCCAAUCCACCUGUAUUAUACUGAGUUCAUGCUUUCAAUUAUUCAAUCACCUGCCCAGAAAAAAAGGUGGUAGGGCAGAUGUAUGAAGACAAUAGGUUGUAAGAAAACAAAUUGAAGAGGAGUUACAGUUUCCCAAAGGCCCAUUUGGCAGGUUUAAGAUUAGUGGUGUGACUAGAAAUAAAGGAGUUGGUCAUCAUGUCAGUUCUUGUCUCUAAAAAUAAAUAAACUGAGAAUUUGUUAUUAAACCCUUAUUUAGAGAAAAAUCCUAAUUUUCAUCAUGCAAAGCAAGCAGCGUUAUCUGAUGUAAAACUAACCUAUUUUCCUCACACUGUAGGGUAUUAUAUAGGUCCAUAAUAAAGUGUCACAUCAUUAAAAUGAAAUGUUUUGCUAUUGCAUUCAGAGUGCCAUUAUUUUAAAAAAUCUAAACAAACAUAAACACAUGUCUUGGGACUUAGGUAUUUUUUUGUUCUAUAUUUAGAAACCUUAUAUGACAGAUUACAGCUACAUAACUCAGUAUCUCAGUUGUAAUAAAUAUGUUGAAUUGGGCACUUGAACUCUUUUUGUAUUGUGGAAAAUCUUGAUAUUUUCUCUGCACUGAAAAACUGUUGGUUAAGUGGAUGGAUCAGGGUGGCUUGAACUUUCACUGCACCAAAUCAAAUUUCUCCACUAGAGAGCACAGUUUUACAUCAAGUCUUCUCUGCUCUGUGCAAGCUUUUAUUCCAUCUUAGUGUUUGGUGGUUUGUUUGGUGGUUUUUGAACUUGACUGGAAUAAAAUACAGAAAUAAUACCAAUUGAUCAAACUUUUUUAGUAUCUUGUAGGCUGUGAAGACCUUUUGUCAAGACAAUCAAGUGCUAUUACUGCUCUGACUUGGUGGCAUUUUAUGGUUUCUUUUUGUAGUCAGAAGUAAAAUCCCUUGCAAGCAGAGCAGGAUGGAGUGUUUUAUAUGUCAUCUGUCAGAGCCACCACUGUUUGCUUCCUUAAAAAAGUCGUGGAAGGUGGAAUUAUUUCCAAUACUGCCUGUCUUAUCCCUUGAUGUCCCUGCUAGGCUUUACUGACUGUCCCAUAAUGCUACAUAAACCUGUGGUCAAUAUAGAAAAGGUAUUUGGCUUUUACACAAUAUGUCUAAUGUUUCCUGUAGAGCAGCUUUAUAACAAUUAUAUGCUGUCAUUCUAUGUUCCCAGUUAGCCUGUGAUAGAUAACUUGUAACCCAGGCAUGCAGUGCUGUUCCUUCAUAUGCUCUUGCCGUAUCGGACCAUCAGGUGCUUCUGUAGUUUCCACUCUGUACUGACAAAAAUGUUAAGAGAUUAAUAAAUACCCUUAAUCUCACUAUGCCAGCAAGAACAAGCACAAUUCAACAAUGUAAUUUCCAUGUUCGUGAAAUUCAUUACAUGUUACUAGAUGCAAUAACACUGAAAAAAAAUAAUCAGAUCUGUCAAUGAAAGGCUGCUCCUGACUAUGGUCAGAUUUACUUUGCUAUCAGCACUGUGGCACUGCCAUAAAAACCCAACAGCUGAAGAUAAGAAUGAUCUUGUCUGCCUUUCAUAAUUGCCAUGGAACUACAGAAGACAACAGUGCUGUUUUACAGCUGUUCUAACCCCACUGCAGAUAUCCUGUGGUGAGUGGGUUCCUGUAAGGCUUCCAGAUACUUUGUGGUUCUGCAAAUUCGUACAGUCAAGAAUCUCAGGCAGUUGUUUUGCUGUGUUAGGAAAUCACUGAGAUGAAGUCAGACAGUUGGGGAAUAUGAGGUAGAAGCCAGAUCUUCCUUCCUGGUGUUUCUGUCUUCUGUUCUCAGGAGAACAAACUCUUCAAUGGGACAGAUUGCCAAGGGUAAUUCUGAACUCUGGUUUAGUAGGUUGUGCUUCUGGUUUAUGGCUCCUGGAGGCAGACUUUGAAUUCUAAAAUCUGUAAGGCGGGUGAAUCACACAUUAAGGGCUAAUGUCAAAGAUGUGGAGUUCUGAAACAAAAAAAUCCUUGUUCAUUAGAUUGCAGAUUGGUUUUAGGGCAGAAAACACAGACUAACCAUAAAUAGAAUAUUUUUCUAAAACCAAGGCUGCUUGGAAUAAAACUCUCGUUUAGUUAUUUUUAAAAAGUUGAGACUUGCAUUUUUACUCCUUACUACUAUAGUACCACUCUUACUAUGUACCUUUCUGUCUUCGUACAGAGACUGAAUCGACAGAGUUUAGACCCAAAAGUAGCAGUUCAUGCUUGAAAUUCAAAAAUUUAGCUGCACACCUCUACAGCUGAAGUCCUGUGUCCCUAAGGGGAUGCUCUAAGUGGUUGGUGCUUGGACUUCUGCAGAUAAAUUGUCCUUUCUUCAUUCACAUUAAUUUGUCUGACACACAAGGCCCAAGGUACUUACAACAGUAGUUUUCCUGAUGAUAUUUAUGUGAUUACAGUGUAUAUGUAAAAGGUUUCUAGUCCUGUACAGAACAGGUCCUUUCUAGGAACUGGCCUGCUGGAAAGCUUUUUCCUCAACAGAGCCUUAAGCUGUGGAGUGACUUAAUCCUGUCACACUGUGGCACAGCUCUACUUUGCUGUGUGAAAGCACAGGGUCCCCUUGUUAUGGCUUUGUUCUCCAGGGAAGGUGUUGGACAGGCUGAUGGGUACAUGAGGAACUACAGAAACAAUGAGGUAUAGAAGUGAGGGAGACUUAUCCCUGGAGAGGCACUGUGGUACACAGGUAUGAGGAAGGAGCAGAACAUGUGCAUGUUGACAUUUGUUAUCUGCAGUGCACAAGACAGCUUUGUUGGUAUCAACUGGAAAAUACCUGUAAUAUGUGCAUAAAUUGGUAUAUGGAGGAAAUUGGACACUUAAUGCAUGACUAAGCUGGGACUUUGAGACUCAGAUUGCCAAUAUCACUUUAAUGAAUGACAGUAUCCUCUUCCUGCAGUGGCUUACAAAGCUGUUUACAGAAAGUAUGGAGCCACCCAGAAAAGUAGCCCUGGUGUCAGCUGUUACAGCUGAUGUCACAUAUAUGUUUGGGAGAUAAAAUGGCUUUUUCUUUUCUUUUUCUUUUUUUCUUUCUUUUUUUCUGCUGUGUGUGAGGUUGCAGAUAUUCUAAAUGCUGAGGUCUGCUGCACCAAAUGGAAAACAAACCAAAUAAAUUUAGUGAAUGCAAAAUAGCAGUAGUAAAAGGGUAUUUCACUUUGGUCCACUGGGCUGCUAAAGCUUCUGGAAGACUAACUAGAUCCAUCUGAUAUUCAGAUUCCAGGUGUUGGAAGGAUAGGGACAAAUCACAGUGAAGGGUCACAAAGAUUUCCUUGUGCCUGAGGAAGUUUGGGUAAUCUCUGCAGGCUGAGAUGUCCAGAGGCCACCAUGGCUACACCAGAGUUCCAUUAACACCUUUUCUCCUGAUGCUGUAUAGAGAAUGGAAAGACAAAAGAACACAGGGAAAGCACUUGGAGUAGGCAGGGAUGUUACUAAGAGGUGUUCCUGUGCCAAAAAAGCUCCCAGCCUGAAGUACUUGAUACUGAGGCUGCUGCCUUUGCCUGAGAACUCAGAGAUGUGCAAGCUCAGGUUGGAACACAGAUCUGUGCCCUUUCAGGGACAGGGGGGUGUACAGGGAAGCCAUGGCAGGUCUGCUUUGGCCUCUGCACUGCCUGAACCCACCUCAGCAAGGUUUGCUACUGAAGGCUACUGAACACCUUGUGGUUGUCACUUGUUCCAUAUAUCCCCUUUCUGUGCAUCCCAUUAGCAUGACCAAAAUCCUAAAAUGAUACCCAAAACCUUAGUUUGAAUAGAAGCUCUCUUCUCUUAACCUAGUUUUAAUCUCAUUUAGAGGACAGAAGUAACAGCUGGACAAGAACAACAACUUUGAGGUGUCUGUUGAGACCUCUACAAUAAAUUACUCAUGAAAUCAAGGCCACUUGAAACUACUUUAACUUUUAAAUUUUGUGCUGUUAUUAAAACAAUGUAAAAGGGAAGAAUACUCUAAACAAAUUUUAAGUUUCCUCUGAUAUUUGCAUAUGAAUCCAAAGUGAACAAAACCAAGGUUAUUAUUACUAAGGGCCCGCCCUAAUUCAGGGGUGGAAAAAAAAAGAGUGAAUUAUGUCUUUUACUGCUUUAAUAUAUGUUUUAAUAUAUAUGUAUAUAUUUAGACCUUCAUCUUAAGUAAUGUGUAAGGAAAUAAGCCAUUCUUUUAAACUGAAAUUAGUAUGAUUGCUCUGGCUUACUGAAAGUUAAAAAAAAAUGGACUUAAAAUCUACAUUUAAACUACUGAGAGAGAAUUUGAUGUGUUUUUAAAGCUGACAUUGGCCUGUACAAGUGGAUGACUAAUUUCAUAUUUCUUCAUCAAAGAGCUAGAAAAAGGGUUUGGUUACAGGAUUAUUUUUAUUUUAUAUAUAGUAGUAUAUUUACAUGUAUCUGAUCUUGCUGGUGCUUAAGAAAUACAUGUACAUUUUACAUAACUUACCUGAGCUGAGUCUAAAGGUGAAUGAAGACUACCCUGAUAACCAGUAAUUAGUGAGCUCUCUGAAAUUAAGGAUUCAUAGAUCUGACAAAACAAUGGCACUUAUUCUAGACAUAAAUUUAUUUUUAAAAAAUUGAUCUAAUACAUGUAAGUUUGAAAGUCCAGACUCAACAUGAGCUGAGGCUGCAUUUUAAUGGUGAAAGAAAUAUGCUUUUAAAUGCAUUUACCCACAUUUACCCUUGCAGUCUCUACCACAGGGAAUAUUAAAACCUGACUCAAUACCUUUGAGGUGUGAUACAAACUUGAAAAUAUAAUUCAAAAAUAAGGUUUGCAGCCCUUCAUUAAUGCAUGCUAAUGUGGCCUUGCUGCAUAAUGGUGUAUGAGUAAGGCUUUCACUACUUUCUUUCAACUAGUUUAAACAUCACCUUGAAAACGCAUUUAAAUUAGUUGUUCUCUCUGCUGCAUAACACUCAGUGAACUAGGGUAUGUCUUGCUUGCGUAGAUUAAUACUUACUGGUGUUCAGAUAAGGCUGUUAGUCCAUGGGGAAAAGUUGCUAUAUGUGCUUGUAUUAAUAAAUAGUUCUUAAACACUG